UCACAGAGAUUCGCCUGCCUCUGCCUCCUGAGUGCUGAGAUUAAAGGCGUGCACCACCACCGCCCUGCUGUCCUGGGACUUUUUUAGGUGGAGGGGUAAAGUGAAAGAAACAAAACCAUUAAGAGUGUUUCAGGCUAAAUCAUCCCUCAGGAUAGUUGAACCAGGAAACAUUAUGGCCCAGAGUUACGGGCUCUGCCUCAAGUCUUAGCUCUUAAAAAUCUUUGUAGGUGUUCAGCCUGAAGCGCUGGCGGGGCUGUGUGGACUCCCGCGGAGAUGGCUUGCGCAGCGGCCCUGUCCCCAGCUGACAAGGGCAGGUUUAUUUGUAUCUACCCCGCUUACUUUAAUAAUAAUAAGACCAUAGCGGAGGGGAGGCGGAUUCCCGUAAGUAAGGCUGUAGAAAACCCUACCGCUGCUGAGAUUCAGGACGUUUGCUCAGCAGUUGGACUGAAUGCAUUUCUGGAGAAAACCAAAAUGUACUCCAGAGAAUAGAACCAUGAUGUUCAGUACAGAGGCAGUCGGGUACAGCUCAAACAGGGAGAUGGCAGCCUCUGUCUUGUACAGUUCCCAUCGCGGAAGUCAGUGAUGCUGUAUGUAGCAGAAAUGAUUCCCAAGCUAAAAACAAGGACACGGACACACACACACACACACACACACACACACACAACACACACACACACACAAACACAAAACACAGGCGGUGCUGACCCAAGUCUUCAGCAAGGAGAGGAAAGUAAAAGGGGAAGAAAUGAUGUGGUGUGAACGAGAAGCAUGCAGUCCUGCUGUGAGAGACCUGGGCAUCUUUGUGUCUGAGGGAACAGCUUUCUGCGUCUGUCAAUUAACUGAACAAUGUGUCGCCCAUCUGCAUCAACAGUUAACAAUGAGAUACAUCAAAAGUCUGCAUCCAGCUUUUAUACUGUAAAAAGGAAAGGCGUGUGUGCGGAAGAAUAUUUUUAACAGAUGACUGUCCCAUAAGUUACUUGAAAUCCUGUAUGUUUGUCCAUGUAAACAUAUAUUUCAGGUAAAUAAGUUUAAUAAAAUUUGAAAUACACAUUUUGUUCACCUUUUAAGUUAAUGAAAUAAUUUAAAGUGGAAAAAAAAAUCUUUGUAAUUUGCCGGGCAGCUGUGGCACCGGCCUUUAAUCCCAGCACU